GGGCCGAAAAAUAAAAAACUCCGAGACGGCGAAGUCGAGUUUUUUUAUGUGUGCCACCAGAGAGUCGACGACGACGACGACGGAUCUAAAGAAAAAAACUCUUUUUCCCAUUGUACGCUUCGGUUUAAUUUGAUGUGUGUGCGCUCGGAACGGGAUUCCCGUCGGUCCGUUGGUUAAAUUGUGGUUAUUGAAUUGUGUAACGCAGUCGAUUGGCCGGGAAAGUCCGCACACGGAAAAGCGACGACGACGACGGCGGCGGCGGAAAAAUUCGCGACUCGCGACGACGACGACGAAAGAAAAGGGUCCGAAGGUGCGACGGCGCGGGCUAAAAAAGAUGUCUUCUGUCCUGGUGCAGGAAGCCUCCUUAGCAGCAGCAAUAACAGCGUCCGUGUUGGAUGUUCCGAAUGGGGCCAGCGCCCCGGGAAGUCCCCAACAGCAGCAGAGUUUGGCCGAGAAGGAUGUCUCCUACUGGCAGCGCUCGCUGGAGGUUCUCUCACAGAAAGUGAUUGUUGGCGACUCGGCGACGAUUGUUGUGAAGAGGGAAAAGAAGAACACGACGACUCGGUCCACGGUGCUGGGGGCGGCGGAGGAGGAGGAAAAGCGACUGGACAGUCAAUGUCCGGAUCAGAGGAGCAGCCCCGAGGAUGAUUCCGUUCCGGUUCAGGCGGAGGCCGAAGAAGUGGUCGAGGGUUGCGAUGAAAACGGCGGCUGCUGCGAACACAACGAGGAAGAUGGCGAUGCAGCAAAUGACAUUUCGGAGGAGGAAGAACAACAACAACAGCAGCAGCAGCAGCAGCACGACAGCAAUCUCUUCCGGCUGAGUUGCUGCUGUGGGGCUUGUUUUAACUCGCGGGAAACGAUCAUCCAGCUGUUCGUGGAGGAUUUCGAGUAUAACACCCUGUGGGAGCGGCUGCAGUUGCUGAUCAAGAAGUUCUACGACGUUAUUCCGGAACAAUAUGAUUUGCCCCUCUACAACCGCUACAUGGAGCUGAUGGAGAAAUCGUCCCUCAAGUGGCUAACGGACGGGCGGAUCGACACCAAGAAGAACAUUCAAAUCUCGCUCGGUUCGAAUCUGCCGCUGUCGAACGAGAUGACGUUCAUCCUGGUGUUCAGCAUGCUCUGCAAUCGCGAUCCCCAUCAGCUGUUCGAACUGCUCUGCCUACAGCUACGGUCCAUCGUGAAGGCCUACAGUCAGGGACUGCAGGAACUCAUCACCGAAUCGUGCGAUGGCGAACUGCAGUACAACCCAACGGAGCUGCUCAAUUAUAUCCUCGACGGUUACGAGAAGCUGUGUCAAUCGGCCCAGACUUUGUCUCCACUGUUGUACGAGCUGCAGGGUCAUCUGCAGCAGUUCUCGUUGACCUGGUGUCUGAUUAACAAGCGCAUGUACCAGCGGUUUGUGUAUCAUGAGGUGUCACGGAUCAUUCCGGAGUGCAUACGGAAGCUGAAGGAGCUGCUCUUCGACGAGGAAUACAACACGAUGGUGCACCGAUUUAUCCAGUUUGACGACGAGAUGAAUUCGACCUCGCAGAUAUGGCGUGACGUGUGGUCCCUGUUGCAUGACUAUCACAAGGCCCAGGAGGAUUCGGCCCGGAGGAAGCGCAUCAGCUCGGCCCACUCGCUCCUGGUGGCCGUCCGGGAGUCCGACUUUAACUUCGAUCCGGAGGUGCAGCGCCAGAGGGAACGGCCCAUCGUCGAAUGGCUGACACUGGAGGACCGCAAUUUGGUGUGGCAUUACGUGGUGCAUUGCAUCAAGACGAAAUGGGUUACCUGUACGAAUCCCCGGAUGACGGCCACGAUCGAGAACAUUCAGUGUCGGAAGUGUAACUUUGCGCUGGCAACGCACUAUGUUGAAUGCAACUGUUGCACGUGUCUAAUCGCCGGUGGAACCUGCCUGGGUAAAUCCAAGGAACAACUCUACUGUUCAAAGUGUUCAUUCUUCAAAAAACUGGACCGUGACUACCUGGAGUACAUUGGCGAGUUCUUCAGCAAGCCGUUGAGCGAGAAGCAGUCCCUGGCCAGGAAGCACAUGAACGGCAUGGCCAACUCGUCCCAAUCCGGUGGGUCGUCAUCCAGUUCCAUAACGGAGAUGGCGUUACCGGACUCGUCCGAAGCGGACCAGCAGCAGUCGGCCGAACGGGGCUCGUCCUCGUCGCCGGUGAAGGACGAAGACAACUCCAGUUCCACGGCGGUGGCCACAAGCAAUGCACUGGCGGAUAAUACUAGUCUCUACCAUAUCUCGUGGGCCAUCUUCAAGCACAUGCCGGAUCGGGUGCCGUACACCUGGACGACGCUCGAGCCGAAACGGUUUUGCAUCUUCCAGAGCGAACCAUGCCGUAUCAAUGCAUGCCGGGUCGCGAUCAACAUCAUCGCCAUGCUUUACCCGUUGAAUCUGUCCAAGUUUCUCAUGAAGUCGUACCAUCCCCUGAAGGAGGAGGAACACAGGAAGAUGGCGGAAAAUUGGAACAUCGACGUCAAGAACUUCAUGCAGAGGUUCUGCGACGAUAUCAACAAACGCUGGCGAACGGAGGUGGCCGAUCGGAUCCAUCCGUUGCAUUUCCUGGAUCUGCUCUGGGAAACGGACGAUUCCGAGUCCGCUCUGCUGAGUGACAUGGCGUCCGCUUUCGCCGAGUGGUUUCUCAUAGAUUUCCAGUUCCCGCAACGCAAUGUCAUCUAUCAGUAUUUCACCAAGUUCUUUUUGGCGAAGGGUACCGACAUUGAGUUCGACAUGAAGUGCUUCGAAAGCGUUUCCGGCUCCCGGUUGUUCAACUGGAGUACGCCGACAUCGCCGCUGAGGCAACUCAUCGCCAACGACAUGCAAACCAAACUGCUGGGGGUCAAUUGGAGUUCGAUCCUGCCGGAGGAAGCGCUCGCGGUCAUCAACGGGGACGAUCUCCCGGUGGCGGCGGCCAAACUGGAGGCUGUCGCGACGACUGGGGGCGUUCUGGUGGCCACGGCUACCGGUGCGGCGGCAACCGGUGCCAGUUCGGCAGCCGUGGCAGCAGCCGUCAUGGAACCAAUCGUGAAGCUUUGCAGCGACGAGGGUAACAUCUGCAGGGACUGCAAGGAUUGCUUCACCGAUACGGUCACCAAGUCGGCGGUUUUCGAAAAGGAAAUCAAGAAGCCACUGGUCGAAGCGCUGAAGCUGGCGGCGAGUAACAAAAUACUCGAAUCGGAGCUCAAAACCCUCCAGAAGGAGCACAGCAUGCUGAAGGAUAUGGUGCGGGAUUUGGAGCAAAUACACGAACAGAAGCACAGCAGUAUCACCCAGCAGUGCGGCAAUGGAAACAGUAGUAAUAGUAGUAACAGUAAUAAUAGCAACAGCAACACGAGCAACACUAAAUCGACGAAUACCACUACCAAGAGCAAUGGUAACGGCAACAGCAGCAGCAGCACCGAGAACGGAACCAGCGCCUCAUCUAGGGGUGCAGUCUCUUCCGGAAGUUCAGCAUCGGCUUCGGCGGGCACACCAGCUGCUCCAGGUGUUCAGGCAACCAAACCCGGCGCCGGCAGCAGUCCUGUCAAGGCCAUGCUGCACCAAAAAACCAAACCCCUCCCAACGGGUAAUGCUUCCACGGGGGUGGUCACCUCGCAGCAACCGACGAGUAAAGUGGCAGCGAAAGCUUCCAAUCCUCCGGCUGCCGGCGCCACCACUCCGGGUAAAGUGAGUUCAAAGUCUACCAGUACGCAUCCACCGACGACACCACCCGGCACAGGGUCAUCUCCGACGGGGAACAAUGUGACACCGUCGACAAGCGUCUCCAACGCCGCCGCAACCGUGGGUCAGCAGCUUCACCAGGCAAAGGACGAUCGAAAGAAACCUAUCUGCCCUCGGGCCGGCGCAAACGUGAGUGAGAAAGGGGACGGUUCAUGUGUGUGCUACUAUUGCACGCUGUUCGGGCAGAGUGUUUGUUUGGAGUGUAAUCACAACCAGCGAACGAACGAAACGCGCGACCGACUGCGGAAGAAAAUCAAACAAAAACAGAGCAACAAGGACAACCAGCAACUCAAGGCGUCGAAUGUGAAGAACAACAAGCUGCAGAACAGCGGCCUGCUGAAGAAAAUUAACAAUAAGGGCAACCUAACGAAUGCAGUGACAACAAAUAGCAACAACAACAUCAGUAGCACCAGUAGCUGCAGUUCCAAUGGGAGUCACGUAUCGGUAAGCAAGGAACCGUCUUCGGGAGGCCUUGCGUCGAAAAUGGAAGGCUUGAGGAUCAGUCCCAAUAAGGCGUCGCUGGCAGCAGCUUGCCUUGCCACAGCUACCAAGGCUCCCGUUGUGACGAAACCACCGCUUAACAAGAUGAACAUUGCGGCACCGGCUAAGCCUCCGGAGAUGGCCGUUAGUGCUCGGGAAGUACCACAGGUUCCAGCUCCAAUUGUGCAGCCAACUUUGAGGCCAAGUGUUAACAAUACAACGUUUACUUCAAAGGUGCCUCCUAAACCAUCAGAGGAAACACUGGAAGCCCUGGUGCGCUACAUCGAAGGUGACUACGACGAUGACAAGCAAAAGGACAACAAAAAGUCAGCCAAAAAGGUCAAACAGAAGCUCAAGAAGCAGGAACUCAAGAAGAUCACCGAGCUAGGAGAGCUCAAACAGAAGUUUUCCGAGCUGAAGGAAGAAGACAAAAGGGCUCAGAAUCGGUUACAGUUCCAGCAGAAUCUGAAAAAUAAAGACAAGAAGCAGCUGCUGGAAGACAUCAUGGCCUACGAAGCGAAGAAGCUUCAGCUACAGACGGAUAUCAACAGUUUGGUAUCCAGCAUAAAAACUAACAAUCCCGAAUUCAACUUUAAAUUGGACGAAGGUUCGAGUGAGAAAAAGAACGCCAAGGAGAAGCCUGCAACGGGCAAGAAGACUGCCCCAGCGCCUCUGGAAACGACACAGCAACUGCCUCCUAAACUGCAGGAGAACAUCAAUUUGCUGCAACAACAAAAGCAACGGCAGCAGCAACAGCUGCUUCAGCAGCAUCAACAACAGCAGCAGCAGCCAACGGCGAUGGUACCACAGGAAAAUGUAAGUAUUGAUCCGGCGCGAAGGAUGGUCACCAUAAAACGAACCUUUCUGCCUCAUUCGGAACCACAGGUGACCGUCACGGCGAAGGGACCAUCUCCGGAACAAGAUAAGUUGUUGUACACCUUCAUCAAUGGUCAGCUAGUUACGCCGCAGUCAGCAUCGGGUCAGGAACAAGCACCUACCAGGCAGCAGAUUCAGAUUCAGAACCAAUUGGAUCAACUAACAUUGAAGGUUGCUGGCGGAGAUUUCAAGCAGCUGAGCGACCUCAUACUAAAAAGUCAAUUCUCCAGUGAUACUGAUAUUUGGAUCACCGACAAGCUGCUCAGGCUUACUUUGGGAGAUCAGUCGCAAAAUCAGAACCAGCAUGCGCAGUCUGUGCGGGAAAUCGACGACCUGGUGAUGAAACUACAGCACCAGACGACGGGAGGAGGCCAACUGGACAAAAAGAAGAAAGAGGAAAUCGUCUCGAUGAUUGGUCGGGUGUCUGAGAGAUUGGGUCAGGUACGGAACAAAACGAAGGGCUCGACGAGUGAGGCCAGAGCAAAGGCCGCCUCGCUAAUGCUGCAGAAGAUUACUAAAAAGUUAGAGCUGAACUACGCGGCCACGCAUGGCGGCGAGGAAAGUAAAAAGAAGAAGAAGCAGAAAAACAAGAAGAAAGACAAACUGGCGGACGAGAUUGACGAAAUUGAUGAAAUCGUUGCCAAGUUGGAUGGCUUGGACGUGGCGAGCAGCGGGAAGAAAGGAGACGCCAAGAAGCUAUCGGAAAAGGCACUGGGAAAGGUGCUGAACCGAAAGCUAAGCAAGGAUUCGAUUAGUUCGAGUGGUAGUUCACAAAAGGCGAAGGAAGGUAAGGAACGGGUUGUCAAGGAGAAGACUAAGAUGGAAGACAAGAAAGAUAAAGCGAAAAAGCCGAAGGAAAAAGAGAAUGAGAAGGAAAAGGAGAAGCCAAAAGAAAAGGAGAAACCACAAGAAAAGGAGAAGCCAAAAGAAAAGGAGAAACCACAAGAAAAGGAGAAUCCAAAAGAAAAGGAGAAGCCAAAAGAAAAGGAGAAAGAGAAGGAAGUGAAGAAGAAAGUGGUGAGGAAGAAGAGCGAGGCCUUUAUCGAUCCGGAGUUUGACAAUAACGCGUUCAAACUGUUGAACCUGGAAGACACCGAAUCGGACGAGGAAGAGGUGGAAGUUGAAGAAGAGCUGGAUGAGACGAAGCAAAGUGGAAAUUCAGUUCUAGAGCGGACGCCUUCGCCAGUGCCGGUGCCUGAUCCUCCAAAAGUGGAGGAGCCUCCGAGACCGCCAACUCCUCCAAGUCCAGCUCCGGUAGCCGUUAACAAGAAAGUCAACAAAAAGAAGAACGACAAGGCCAAGGAACAACCCAGUGAUGUACCCGCGCCAAAUCCUGCCAAAGAAGGUAAGCAGAGUAAGAACAAGCAGCAGCAGGAUCAUGUAACUACUCAGUCAUCGCAGAAACCUUCUAAGAAUGUCAGCAAUACUUCCAGCAAUAUACAACAUAAUGUCUCUAAGAGUGAACACAGUGGCAAGAAACCUUCCGGAAGUAGUCAACAGCCUGAGAAACCAUCCCAAGAUAAUUCCAACCUUUCCAAACGCCAGAAGAAGCUGCUCAUGAAACAACAGGAGCAGGUCAAGUCCACGUUACCACCACAGCAACAGAAGAAACAACAUCAACAACAAUCUCACCAGCAGACCCCUGCACCAUCGAAGAAUCGUCACAUCGAUAAAGCCAUCAAGAGUGCUGACCGCAUGUCGAAGGCCUCGAACGAUCGACGAUCCAAGGUCAACAUCAGUGCCGAUACGACGCUGGAGCUGAUCAACGAGUCGUCGAUAUCUUCUAAAUCGGCCCCAGCUGCCACGUCUUCAACGAAAAUCCCCAACAGCUUCCCGCCCGGAGACACUUCCUUCGGGGCAAGCAUCAUGGACCAGCUGAGCCGGGGAGUCCGCGUCGAGGGACUUCAACUUCCGCCCGGCAUUACGCUCACCCGAGUGGACGCCGCCCAAGCGGAAGCCAUCAAGGCCAAACGGGAGUCGAUAAAGAAGAUUUGCGAACCGAUGCAAACGGUUCAAGCCCCGGAACCGCCACCGAUGAUGAUGCCACCGCCGAUUAUGAUGGGCGGCGCGCCCGGAAUGUACAUGAUGAACCCGAUGAUGGCUCCACCGAUGAUGAUGAACGCCGCUCCCGGUCAGGACUCAGUCAUUAUGGUUGAUACCAACAAGCUAAAGAGCUCCCCCGGGGAAGGCGAAAAGAAACCCACUAAGAAGAAGAAUCGCAAAAACAAAAAUAAGAGUAAGAGCGACAGCUCGAGGGACAGCGGAAAAUCCACGGAAGGCAAGAACCAGCAGAAGAACCAGAAAGGCAACAACAAUAUCGUAACCCUCCGAAAUCCGAUGUUCCAAAGCGGACCAAGGCCACCCGUUCCAACCGAUCCGACGGCGGCCAAUCGCCAAUCGCUGGGGUACGAUCAACGGGCGACAAUCUUCAAAAAUGACAACGGUAUGUUCACCAUCCGCAAUCAAGCCCUGCAUCAUGCCCUGACCGGAACGACGCCUGCGCCUGCGAACAGCGGAUUCAGACCGUUCAAUACCAGUUAUCUGGUGGAAAACGGGAUAGUCCCGGUGUCCGGUGGACCCAGUAGCGUCACCACGGCUAACUACCUUCAACAGCAGCAGGCGGCCAAGGAAAUGGGCCUACUGGGGGAGGGACCGUCUCACGGUGGAGCGCCUUUCUCUGCGACAAUUGAACCACCUCGGAAGUUCAACUCCGCCAUUGGCAGCGAAAUGAAGAAUGCCCAAAAGCAGAAACAACAGCAGCAACAACAACAGCACCACCAACUUCCACACCACCAAGCUUCCUGGCAGCAUCUGAACGGAGUGGGUUCACCAGUUGAUAUGUACAGUCCCCUUUCAACCGUUGGCAGUUCCGUGAAUCAGCCGCAACGAAGUUACUCGCCGUUUGAAAACCUCCAGUACGGGUUGAGCGGUAGCCAGGAGUAUGGCGGCAAUUCCGCAGGUGCUUCCACCAGCUACUUCCCAAUGAGCUCGCCGUCCACGGUCAGUGCAAUUGGAUCGGAACGGUCCCAAGCGCGAGCCCAGGCAGCAGCAGCCAUGUCCGCCGGAAACGACCACAGCCGCAGGAGGCUGUUUGGAGGAACCAGUUCCUCCGUUAGUGUGGGCUCCUGCCCUGAUCCGUUCGGUGACGAACCCGGCGGAUCGGGUGAUCCUUACUACGAUGGAUUGGGUGCGGGUUCUUCUUCAGCGAAUCAUAAAUACGAUGAUUUGUCCUUCCUGCAGAACCUGCAGCCCGGUCAACGUUUGAACAGUGAGGUAACCAUUCACAACAUAAACGAGUCGAAGUUUCUGCGCCAGCAGAACCAAAACCUGUCCAACGACAUUGAAAUCACGCGGAUACCGGGCCCGGGCUCCAGCUCCAGGUCCAGUUCCGGAUUCGGUCACCCGACACAGGCAACGCACCCGUUGCUGGUGUCCCCCGCGGGAUCGACCAUAAGCAGUGAAGCGGGAGCGGUAGGUGGGAUACCAGUGUCCACGGCAGGUUCUGCUGCCAGCAGCAGUGGCGCCGCCGGCGGCGAUGCGUCCAACCUGCUUGCCCUGAAUGACAUCGAGACCAGUCUGUUCAUGCAAAACUACCAGCAACAGCAGAUGCACUUGCAGCAACAGCUGCAGCAGCAGAUGCAGCAAUUGAAGCUGCAGCCCAUCAGCCGACAGCAGCAACAGCAACUACUCGGAGAAUACGGAGAGAACAUAUUCGCGCCCAAUCAGAUGGUCAACCUCAACGAGCUGGAAUCGGAAGAGCGCGACAUUGAGUCGUUCAAGCGCUUCAACUACUACUUCGACCCGCCGAAAAGCAAACCGAAAAUCAACCUAAACGUAAAAGAUCUGGUGGUAACGAGCAAAAAGUCCCCGGCGCCGUCGGUGUCGGCUAGUGCGUCACCAGCCGGGGGGUCCAACAACGGCAACGGUGGAAGCAGCAGUAGCAGCGUCAGUAACGACAACAAUCCCGGCGGUGUCAGCAUUGGCGAGGACAUUCAUCCGAUUCGACCGCAGGCUCCGAUUGGCACGCCCUCCCAGAAGGGUCCCCAACAGCAAACCACUCCGGCGUCGUCCGUUGGGACCGGGGUGUCUACCGUGCUGUACCCGGCUACCUCCGACAGUCCGGCGUCAUCGGCUUCGAUCUUCGAUGGAAUCUCGUCGUCGAUGAGCAGCCACGCCCACUCAUGCGAUGACCUGUACAACGACCUGCUCAGUUCGACGGGUAAUCUCAGCUUGAACUUGAACCUCAAUCUGACACAGCUCCACCAGUCCAACUCGGACCCGAUCGCGUACGAUAGCGUUGGGUUUGGUGCGGGGAUGGGGGUUAGCAGCGGGGGACCGCAUAGUCUGGGCAGUGUCGGAAGUGCUUCGAGUGUGGCCGGAGGUGGUAAACCCUCGGCAGCUGAGCUAGCCCAGAGCAUCAUCAGCAAUUGAACCGGAACGCUGCCGCGUACAGAAGGUGUAGUUUGUGGUGGACGAGAUGUUCCCAUACCCCGAAGUUCCUAGGGAUCCGAAGCAUAACCAAUAGAGUAGAUCCGGUACUGUCCGGUUGCAAUUUGCCUUCGUACAGCUCUGCAAGAAGUGCCAUAGAAACCAUUUGAACCAUUAUUGCCAACACCCAGUUAAAUAGCCAAUCCAGCACAGACGAAUUUAGGAAGGAUUCGUAGGGAUUCGAGGGGAUCUUUGUUCAUGCCUUGAACUACACACUUAAUUACGCACCUACUUUGACUGCCACUAGGUGGGAUCUCCACCAACUAGGGUCGCCCUGAAGAUGUCACACACGAAAGCUCAUUGUCGAAUUCUAUGAGAUCCCGACGUUCACAAUUUCUGCCCCCAGAUGAUUUGGUUUUCGAGAUACGUCUAAAGUAUCCUGUUGUACCAAGAGCUUUGAGCCAUUGUAUCCAGAUGUUCAAGGUUUUCCAAACAGUCCAAAAACUCAAGUCACCUAAUCUAUCAUCGCUGAGGGUAUCUUUAAAGUCCUUAAUUGGUCUAGUAGAUCAUUGGUUCCGAAGUCUCGAACUUUAGCCUCUAAUUAACCGAGUAUAUGAUUUUACCUGGACUCUAAAAGAGUUGGAAUUAUAGAUCUAAGGACAAUAGAAAUCACUAGGGUAAUGAGUUUCCGUAGGUGAUAUUCUCUAGUGCGACCACAUUUGAAAUUUGAAUAUUUAACCUGUUUGAAAGGUCAGCCGUCAGAUUAUACGACUCAAUGAACCACUUAAUAGGUCAGCUUGGUGAGAUUAAGCUCAACCAGAAAGUCCUAUUUCAUCAGAAACAUUCACCCAUUUUUGGUUCUGAACCCCCUAAAACCACAUACCAUGUUCCUUAACCUAUGUUGUCCGUUUGCUUGUCGAUCGAGUGGAUCACCGGGUUCUGUAGACGCCUAGAUACUCAAGUACUCUGCACUCUGCUACUACCAAUAGGAAGAUAUUACAUCAUAAGCAUUAGGGUGAACCACCAACCCCGUUUGAACGUUGUCCAUGCGUACCGUACUACAUACCUAAACAUUUGAUAUUUGUUGUUCGUCGAUUAGACACAAAAAAAACAGAAGAAAGAAACAGGCCGCGUGUUGUGUUGCAUAGAAGUCGGCCAACUCACGAGAACGGAGAUGGAAACAAAUCCAUCUCUAAUAAGCUGUGGAAGUGUGUUCCCAUUCAGAACACACACACUAUUGUAAUGUUGCUCCAAGUGUUGCUCUUACUACUAGUACACUACUACUAAUUACUACAACCACUACACAUAUAUUGUAAAUACCUUCAUUUGCAAUUGAAGGAAAACAACAAAACAUGAAAAGAAACAGUAAUUGCCGAAUAGAA